GGAAAAGUGAAUGAAUUUCUUUUGAUCUCCUUUCUGUAAAAUCACAGCAAAUAAUGGAUAUGCAGAUGCUUCAUAAAUUUACAAUGAAUGCAAAGUAUUUAGAAAGAUAUGGAAUUUGAGAAGGCAAAUCAGUUACAUUCAGCAAAUUAAUUUCCCCCAUUUACCACCUUCUUGUUAUUUAUGAUAUGAUCAUUCUGGAUUGUUUGCAACAUAUAAUCCACAACAAUGGUCUUUCCGGCCUUUUUAGUUUCUGCUGCUUUUCUGUUGUUUUCUCCUUUCGUCACCUGCCCUUCUCAUGGAGUCAUUCAAGAUGUCUUGGCUACCAUAUGCUCCCAAACUCAAAACCAGGAAUACUGCAUAGGGCUAUUACAGAGCGAUCUGCGCACAAGCUCUGCAGACAUACCCUUACUCUCGUUGAUAUCCCUAGAGCUGGCAAUCCAUCAGGCUGAUGAAAAUUACCAGGCUUUUGUGCAAUACAAAAAAAACAGCACUCAGAAGGGAUUGAGUGAUUCUUUUGGAAACUCUGCAACGUUUUACCAAGAUAUGAAGGACAAACUCCAAGCAGAUCAUCAGUUGUCAAAGUAGAGGCAGUUUGAGAAAAUCACUAACCUGGGUGGAUUGACUGCUCUUGCUUACAACUGUGAGAACGGGCUGCCUUUUAGCCCCCCAACAGCUUCCAUCACUGAGGAUAUGCUUCUUACCCUCCAGACUGCAAUUUAUGUCAAUGAAUAUGUUCAGUCAACUCCAGGGCCCAAUGUUUAGUCUACUGUUUUUUAAGGUUUUAAAAAUGAAUCCUGGGUUUCUUUCUUGUCGAUAUAAUAAAGUUUGCUUUUGUUA